AUGAAGUUGUUGCUGAGGUUCAAAACCCUCAAGUCCUUCAGCGGCGAAAGUCCAGAUAUUGACCGGAUGCAGUUUUCGUUCAAACACCUAGCAGCAGCAGCAGCAGCAGCAGCAGCAGCAGCAGCAGCAGCAGCAGCAGCAGCAGCAGCAGCAGCAGCAGAAGCAGCAGCCUCAGUAGCAGUAGAGGCAGAAGCAGCAGCAGCAGUGGCAGCAGCAGCAGCAACAGCAGCAAAGGACGCAGCCGAUGGCAGUUCGCAGCAAAGUGCAGUUGUCCAAACCCUCAAUCUUGGAUAUGGCUAA